UAAAUUUAAAAUUUGCUGGCUUCACGAUAUACAGUUAUUUCCUCGAGGUUUGCACAUACCUGUCUUUUUCAUAUUCGUGAAUUAUGCAGAAGCAUUGCCUGUAAUAACGCCAUACAGGACCCAUAUUUUAAUUUUCCCGUGAAAUCGGAACAGAAAUUAAGGAAGCAAUUUGUUUAGGCGGGCAAUCUACAGUGGGAGUAGGAUAGAGGAGGUUGUAAUGCUUUAGAGCGAGAUAAUCCAUCAUCAAAUCAGAAAGUAGGAUACCCUAAAACAGAAUGUUGAUCAUACUGCUGAUGGGAUUGAUUGUAGUCAACCAGAAAUGAGUACGUAUUGUGUGAAGGCUAUGAAAAUUAUGUUUAAGAAGAGCCGGUGGAGGAGGAGAUCAUGGAGAUUGACAUUAAUGGGUUUUCUAAGGGGAAGAAAACGAGCUGUCAAGAAGUUUGAGGGAUGCAAGCCAGGAGAUAUAGAAAAGGCUGAGGACAUGUGCUCUGUGAAUUCUUCUCUUAGAUUUAGUUUGGGCGGCUCAGAGCUGGAUUGGGAGUUGUUCAGUGGAGAAACUUGUGUCUUGCCCGCUCUGGAAGGGUUGAUCAUAUUUAAGUAUUGUGAACUGAAUGCUGCCACAUGCAAUUUCUCUCAAGACAGGGUACUGGGGAGGGGAGCUCACAGUUGCGUGUAUAGAGGCAGGCUGGGGUUUGGAAAAUUGAUUGCUGUAAAGAGUUUGGAUAUGAAUAACAAGGAGGCUUGCAAGAUAUUCUGCAGAGAACUGCACAUUUCCAGCAACUUGAAAAAUCGGCAUGUGGUUCCUCUUCUUGGAUUCUGCAUUGAUUCUCGGGGGCUUUUCUUGGUCUACAAAUUCAUCUCCGGAGGAGAUUUACAGUACCAUCUUUAUGAUAAGAAAGAGAACUCUCUGUCCUGGUCUGCAAGGCUUCGAGUCGCGAUAGGAAUUGCAAAGGCUGUUCAUUAUAUGCAUCACGGUAGCAAGACAUGUGUGGUGCACAGGGAUAUCAAACCCUCCAAUGUUCUUCUAUCCUCUAGGAAAACUGCCAAGUUGUGUGAUUUUGGGUUGGCAACCCAAACACUGGGACCUUUAGUGCCCUUCUUCUGCAAGACAGUGUCGGGAACUUUUGGGUAUCUAGCUCCAGAAUAUUUUGAGUAUGGGAAGGUCUCCGAGAAAACUGACAUCUAUGCUUUUGGGGUGGUUUUGCUGGAGUUGCUUACAGGGCAGAAGAUAACCUCCUCCGCAAGGUCUUUUCUUAAUGUGGAGAUGCCAAAAGAAAAGUUAAUAGAUCCUCAGCUGAAAUCAUGUGAUAAGGCUAAGAAGAAGAAGAAGCACAAAGAGGUGGAAAGAUUGAUGCGAGCUGCAGCAGUUUGCCUUCACCCGAUGGAGUCACGGAGACUGUGCAUGAGUCAAAUUCUGAGGAUUCUUAAAGGUCAGGAAGACUCCAAACUCCUGCAACAUGCCCAACUUGCAAUGCUCAACUUCGAUGCAGAAUAUAUUCGUAGGAAAGAGAAGGAGACACUCAUGGACCAUCUCAGGCUGGCUGUGGUUGGAAUGAAUCUAGAUGGAGACAGCAAAAUGCCUGAUAAUGGAGAUGACAAAUAGAGACAGCAAAAUGCCUGAUAAUGAAGAUGACAAAAUACCGAAGUAUAAAUUUGUCCCUUAACAGUACCUCUUGGUAUAGGUGGAUCUAAAUAUUGUUGCAGAUGGAUUGGAAAGUCCUAGUUUACUUGGACUUGGCCGUCAGGGAGAAACCUAUGAGAAAAACUUAAAUGUAUACACUGUAAAGUGGAAAGGUCCCUGUGUUCUCAAAAGGGGAUCGAAUGCACUAAAUCGUGAAGUAGAAAAUCAUCGCGAGAUUUUUGAAGUCAGAUCGAAUAUGUAAUUUUCAAAAUAUUUCCAAAAUUUGUUUCAGAGGGGAUCAAAUAGAAGGGAAGCAAGUACAUGUCACACAUGCAUCAAAUUAUAGUUUUCCAAAUUCUUUUUAUUAGCAAUACAAAUGCUGCACUGUAGACAAAAUGUUUGCAGUUGAGAUUGAGAGUUGUUUAUAACAAAAGAUGAUUUCCUAGCAGCAGGCCAUAAGUAGAUUUUUGGUAGCCAGUAUUUUAUACUCAUGGAACUGGAUGGGUAUAUUAGCUGAGUAACUGAGGCCACCAGUGAAUAAGAGUGAGCAAUGCAAAUUGUUCUGUAAAAGCUUUAAACAAGAAAUUCCUCAUAAAGGAAGAGAACUGAUUGUUCAUGCUUUUGACAAAUUUAUAGAGCUUAUUGUGCAAGCCUGAUGCCCGAAGGUUUAAAAGAGUGAUCAAGUGAUAGGAUGCAAUUGAAAGAUGUACACAAGAAAUUGCCUCUAUCUAUCUGUUGCAAAUACAUUGCUUAACACUCAAUAAUUAU